CCAGAGCAAGGAGAGACAUUCGCACCUCAGAAGGCUCAUCUGUCUUUACAACCAAACCAGUAAAAAACACAGAUUCCAAGCGCCAUGGCUUGCUGCACUCCCUGCCGCUGCAGCGUCCCCACCGGCCCCGCCACCACCAUCUGCUCUUCUGAUAAACUCUGCCGGUGUGGAGUCUGCCUGCCCAGCACCUGCCCACACACUGUUUGGUUACUGGAGCCAACCUGCUGUGACAACUGCCCCCCACCCUGCCACGUUCCUCAGCCCUGCGUGCCCACCUGCUUCCUGCUCAACUCCUCCCAGCCCACCCCAGGCCUGGAGACCCUCAACCUCACAACCUUCACCCAGCCCACCUGUGAGCCCUGCAUCCCAAGAUACUGCUGACCCACGGCUGCUUUGCUCAGUGUCUGACACUAAAAGAGUCAACCCAGAAGCUUUGGUGUUCAUCUGUCUCAACAUCUGCAACUAAUUGAUUCUGCUUUGAAGUUGGGGCAAGGAUGGUGCUAUCAUUGACAGCCCCCCCAAAAGAAACGAAGAGACUUUCAAUGGCCAUGUAGCAGAUAUCAGUAACCAAGGGCAAUUUGAGCAGGUAGAUGCCUAUCAGCUUUCCAAAGUUGUUCAAUUCCUUCAUAUUAAAGUGUAUCUUUCUUUGGGUGCUUUGGGAAUACUGUUUCCAGUCUUGGGUGGUAUCUUUCUGGAAAUUAAGGAGUUUCUUCAUGAUCUUCCUAAUAAAUUUUACGUCUCUGGCAUAGUACAAAUGUCUACAA